AUGGCCAUCAAAGGUUUGAUACAGCCAGACGACGUCACAUGUCUUGAGGUUAUCGAAAGAGAUCCAACAGGACGAUUCGCAAGGUAUGACGAGAUCAUAGACAAGGUGGCCACAAAAACAGUAUACAAGGGUCUUGAUAAGAUUGAAGGAAUAGAAAUUGCUUGGAGUAAGACAGUGAUAACAGAUGAUAUAUUUAAGGACAAAAACUAUCUUAUGAGUUUGAAGGCCGAAGCAAGUCUUUUAAAGUCAUUAGAUCAUGAAAAUAUUAUCAAGUGCUAUGAUUAUUGGAUUGAUACGGAAACAAUUAACAUGAUUACUGAGCUUUAUACAUCAGGAAGUUUGGAAGACUACUUCGAAGAACAUGUUCAUUUCGAUAUCGAGGCAAUUAAGGAUUUUGCUAGACAGAUCCUUAAAGGGUUACAUUAUAUUCACUCUCAAAAUCCUCCAAUCGUGCAUGGCGCUCUGAAUAUGAGACAUGUCUAUAUUAAUGGGCAUACAGGCCGGGUAAUGAUAGCAGAUUUUGGUGUCGCGAUGAUCCUUGAAAAACAAUAUCAACCAAUUCAGCUAGUUGACAUUUACAGUUUUGGGAUGUGCUUUCUUCACAUGAUUACGGGUGAAGUUCCAUAUAACGAAUGUCACGGUGAUGUGAAUGAACUUUACAAAAAGAAAAUGUCGGGUGUUAUGCCAGAAGUUCUAAGCAAAGUUACAGAUUUACAAUUUCGUCAUUUGAUUAAAAAGUGUCUGGCUCCUACAGCUUGCGACAGACCUGCGGCAAUUGAUCUCCUCAAUGACCCGUUGCUCGCACCAAAGACAUUAACAACAUCAAGGGCACGACUACGAAAUUCUAUAUCAAUUACAAAUGCACCUUGCAAUUUUUUCUUAAAAUUUUUGUAUAAUUGUUUUUCUUAG